AUGGCCUUCGCCGAGCAGCAACGCUGGAUCACGGUCCAGCAAAAAACAUUUACGAAAUGGUUGAACACUAAGGUGGAAGCGCGUGGUCUCGAGGUCAAGGACCUGGUACAGGACCUGUCUGAUGGAGUCAUGCUCAUCCAUCUACUCGAAUGUCUCUCUAGCGAGUCGCUCGGCCGAUAUGCCGCCAAACCCAAGCUGCGCGUGCAGCGCUUCGAGAACGCAAAUAGAGCCCUUGACUUUAUCAAGUCUCGCGGGAUCCAAAUGACGAAUAUCGGUGCCGAGGACGUAGUAGAUGGAAACCGCAAAAUUAUCCUGGGUUUGAUAUGGACCCUCAUUUUGCGCUUUACCAUCAACGACAUCAAUGAGGAGGGCAUGACGGCAAAGGAAGGCUUGUUGCUAUGGUGUCAGCGCAAGACGGCCUGCUACGACGAGGUGGAUGUGCGCGACUUCAGCGCUAGUUGGAACGACGGGCUCGCAUUCUGCGCUUUACUCGACAUCCACCGACCGGAUCUUAUCGACUACGAUGCACUCGAUAAGUCAGACCACAGAGGAAACAUGCAGAUGGCCUUCGAUAUUGCGCAUAAGGAGAUCGGUAUCCCCAAGCUGCUCGACGUGGAGGAUGUGUGUGACGUGGCGAAGCCCGAUGAGCGCAGUCUGAUGACCUACAUCGCAUACUGGUUCCACGCCUUCUCCCAGAUGGAGAAAGUUGAGAACGCCGGCCGCCGUGUCGAGAAGUUUGUGAAUAAUAUGCGGGGCGCUUGGGAUAUGCAGAGUGCCUACGAGCGGCGGAUGAGGGAGUUACUGAAGGUCAUACGUGAGCAGAUGGAGAGUUGGCAGCUGGCGAAAUUCGAAGGGACUUAUACCGACGCCAAAGCGCAAGCUGCUGAUUUUGCGGCCUACAAGAGGGGGUUGAAGCGGGAGUGGGUAGCAGAGAAGAGCGAGCUAGCGACCUUGUUGGGCAACAUCAAGACUAAGCUAGGCACAUACCGACUGCGGCCAUAUGACCCGCCGGCAGAGCUGAGGUUGGAGGUGUUGGACCAGGAAUGGGCGAACCUGACCAAGGCAGAGAUGGCCCGGGGGCAGCUGAUCAACGAAACCAUCAGAGACAUUAAAAACGCCUUAAGGAAGUCUUUCGCCGACAAGGCCAACGACUUUGCCUUGGCGCUUAACACCAUCCAACUCGCCAUCUCUGGCCUAGAAGGCGACGUGGAAGACCAACUACACCACGUGCGGAAGCUCUCGGAAAACCUCCCUCCACUUGACGCCUUCCUCAAGACUAUCGCGGCGGUCGAUGCGAAGUGCCAAGAAGCCAACAUCGAAGAGAACGACUUCACCACCUACACUUACGACGAGCUCUGCUACGAGCUCUCUCUCGUCAAGUCCUCCGUCUCCAAGAAGCUCGCCUUCCUUGAGAACCAGAUGGUUGCCCGCAACAUGACCAACCUAACCCCCAUCCAGCUCGAAGAGUUUGAGUCCGUCUUCCGCCACUUCGACCGCGACGAUACAAACUGCCUCUCGGAACUCGAAUUCAGCGCCGCGCUCGCCUCGCUGGGGCUGAUCUUCUCCGAGGACGAGAUGCACGACUACUUCCUCGACACGUCGGGCGGGCUCGACCGCGUCACCUUCGAGCAGUUCAUCCGCUUCAUGGUCGACGUGACCGAGGACCAGAACACGGCCGAGCAGGUGUUCCAGAGCUUCAGGGAGGUUGCUGACGGGAAGCCGUACGUCACCGAGAUGGACCUGCGCCACUCGCUGGUUCCGGACGACGUGAUCGAGAAGCUGGUCGAGAUCAUGCCGGGUCAUAGCGGGCCCGACAUGCAGUCCGACCGGGGGCAGCCGCAGUUCGAUUACAUCGCGUUUAUGGACAAGAUGAUCGGGGACGCCGAGACUGGGAGAACGAGCCCGUCUAGCAGGUCGAUGAACGGGCACUGA